CAGUCUUGCCCUAUCUAUCGUGCCUCCGUUCCUGUGCUUCCCACGUGCUUGGAGGAGGAGCUCCAAUGGCUGCCCAACCGAAAACCCCAUGGGAAUUCAGCUGUGAAUUGCAAGUGGAUUUUGAGUCUGAUGAGAAAGCUUCCAUGGUUUAUGCAACAUUAGCUGUCGAUAAAGAGUUGCAACCAGACAAAGUGAAGAAGAACAUGUCGGUUUCUGAUGGAAAGCUUUCAGUACGGUUCGAGGCAGUUGAGGCAAGAUUUCUUCGAGCGUCGUUCAGCUCCUUUGUUGAUGCGCUAACACUUGCCACAAAAACCAUUGAAGAAUUUGGAGGAAUGGUGUUGUGAUGCUUGCUGUCCGUUGAAUGCAAAUUGUUAUGUCAUGUAUUCUCACUAGCUUGCCUUUUAGAAAUUCCUGUAACUGCAGGAUGAGUUGCCCCGGUCUGUGUAGCAUACUUUCCUAAUUUUAGAUUAUCAAAUUAUCAAUUAGCGCUUUAGCUUUCAUAGAAUCAUGUAAAGACACUAUAUUACGCGAGAUUUUUGGCAGAUAUGCAACUCCAACCACAAUGCUUAAGUGGAAACACGUCCAAAUUCAGUUACCCGGGGUAUGAUGAACUGAUUAGUGAUCAUAUACCCUUUCACGGUGUUCACAUGGUUCAAGCUUUGAAGACGGAGAUGUCCUGGUCAGGACAUAAUGUUCAUUACCCAAGUAUGUAAGCAUAUUGAAAAGAUGGAAAACAGAUUCUCUUGCUGUUAGGCACUUUUA